UUCUCCGCCCGUGGCCGUGGCCGUGGCGGUGACUGUUGGUUUUGGAGGGUGAAAGAGUGAUAGAGUGAGCAGUGAGAGCUCAGCUGAAACCCGAGCGCAUGAAUCUCUCCCCCAUCAUCUCCGCCGCCGCCGUCCUCCUCCUGUCGGUCCUCUCGCUCCGUCUUCUCGACUCUUACCACUGGUCGAGCGUACGGUCGCUGCUCCCCUUCACCCGGUCGUCUCCGGUCGCGGACCUGAUCGUGUGGAACGGCACGAUAUACACGAGCGAUGAGUCCCUGCCGUUCGCCGACUCCAUGGCCGUCCGCAGCGGGCGGAUACUCCGAGUCGGAAGCUACUCGUCUCUCAAGGAGUUGGUACACUCCGGUACCGAACUAUUGGAUCUUGGAGGAAAAGUUGUGGUCUCCGGGUUCAUCGAUUCCCAUGUGCACAUGAUUUUUGGAGGACUGCAGAUGCGCCGGGUGGAACUCCGGGGUGUUAAUCGUAAAGAAGAGUUUGUGAGGAAGAUUGAAGAAGCUGCAAGAAAUUCCAAACCUGGUUCUUGGAUAUUGGGUGGUGGAUGGAACAAUGACCUUUGGGGAGGAGAAUUGCCUGUAACCUCCUGGGUCGAUGAAGUUACACCUGCAAAUCCUGUCUGGGUAACAAGGAUGGAUGGUCACAUGGGCUUGGCUAACUCUGUGGCAAUGGAGGUGGCAGGUAUUUCUAAGCUGUCGGAAGAUCCUGAAGGGGGAACUAUUUCUAGAACUGCUGAUGGAGAACUUACUGGGUUACUGAUUGAUUCUGCAAUGAAGCUGCUUCUCGCAUCCAUACCGGAAGUUUCUUUGGAUGAAAGGAGAGAGGCUCUUUUCAGAGCCAGCAAAUAUGCCUUGACAAAGGGUGUAACGACAGUUGCUGAUUUUGGAAGAUACUUUCCUGGGGCUCCAGUGGAGUUCUCUUGGCAGGAUUUUUCAGAUGUUUAUCAGUGGGCCGAUUCAUCAGGGAGGAUGAUAAUGAGAGUUUGCUUAUUUUUUCCAAUGGAGACAUGGUCGCUUUUGCUUGAUCAAGUUAACAAAUUUGGUCGAGCCUUCAGCCAAUGGAUUUACUUGGGUGGCGUUAAGGCUUUUGCUGAUGGAUCUUUGGGUUCUAGUAGUGCACUUUUUCGUGAGCCUUAUGUAAAUGAGCCUCAUAAUCGCGGUUUGCAACUUAUAGAACAUGAGAGGCUUCUCAACAUGACUGUGACUUCAGAUAAAUCCGGGCUUCAAGUUGCUAUUCAUGCUAUUGGAGAUAAAGCAAAUGAUUUAGUUUUGGAUGUGUAUCAGUCAACUGCUUCUAUAAAUGGAGUGAGAGAUCGCAGAUUCAGGAUUGAACAUGCUCAACAUUUGGCGAUGGGAGCAGCAGCUCGAUUUAGUCAGCAAGGGAUCAUUGCCUCAGUGCAGCCAGACCACUUACUUGAUGAUGCUGAUUCUGCAUCAAAGAAGCUUGGAAAGGAAAGGGCUGACCUGGGAUCUUAUUUAUUUCGAUCACUUUCAGGCAGCAACGGAAGCUUGGCUUUUGGUUCUGACUGGCCUGUUAUAGAUAUUGAUCCUUUACAUAGUAUCGGGACAGCAAUUAAAAGAAUACCACCUGGUUGGGAAGAUCCUUGGGGUCCAACGGAAUGUCUUACAUUGAAAGAUGCCAUACAUGCAUACACCAUCUCAGCUGCGCAUGCAUGCUUCCUCGACAAUGACUUGGGCUCUUUAGCUCCUGGAAAGCUGGCAGACUUUGUCGUAUUAUCCACCAACUCGUGGGAUCACCUUGCAGCAGGAGGAUCCGCGUCGGUUGUUGCAACAUAUGUCGGCGGUGUCAGGUCAUUCCCAUGAGUGUCUAAACUAUGACGGCUCAGAUGGAGAAACAAAGGUAGAAGAAAUGACCCUCUGUAUUAUGCCAAGCCAACACGAGCACGGACCACAUAGUAUAGGAGAAGGUCGCUGGAAGUGCGCUUAGAAGGUCUUGACUAAGCUCUUGACAUAGAAGGCGCAUACAAACUAAUACGUAGUAAAACCGCUCAAAGUUGUAGUGAUCUGCGGGUUGUCGCAGGUUUCUAUGUUCAAUAUGUGCUCCGCAUCA